UUGACCAAUUGACCAAUUGACCAAAUCACAUCCAGUAUCUCAAUCAACAUGCAUACUCAGGACGGAUGACUCUAGUAAGGUAACUUGGUGUACAACAUGUCUACUUCAAGUUCGCGACCACCCUUUCUCCGUUCUCUUUCGACCAACUCGGUCAUCAGACCCUCGAAGCACAAGCCCCGCCUUUAUAUAGUCUUGUACCCACGAGGGGGCUCAACCACCACGUCCUCAUUCCGCAACGACAUCAAUUGUGAUUCGCACCACUGGUCUCUCGUUGUAGGGUCUCAAAGCCCCAAUCGCAAAGAUCCCGGGACCCGGUAUCACGUUGAGCACUUGGACCACGACGCGGGCAAAUAUCUCUACGAUCAACAAGAUGUUCCAACUCAUCCAUCUGCUCAAGCAGGUCUGGUCCGGAUCGCGAUAGCCAAAGUGACCAACGAAGCUCGCCUCCAGUCCAUCCUACGAGACAUUGUCGUCCCUCAGGAAGAUGUGGGUUUCAACUGUUUGACUUGGGUGCGUGAUGCAUUCGUCAGGUUACACCAAGAUCGCAAAUCCAUUAGGACCUACCUCGACGACACAGACUGGCCUGCGGUCGAGACAUGUGCAAGAAAGUAUUGCAAGCGGAAAAAAGAUGUGGGCCGUUUUCAAGAAGAUCGCCGUCGACCAGGUACCUGGAAUCCAGAAAAGAUCAGUACUUUUAAUUUCUGGGAGAAUCGAGAAACCUGCCCAUGAUUUUUCUUGCCAGGUUUGAGAGACCCUGAAGCAGCUCUUGUCUCACAUCCUGGCAGAGAAAAUUGGACCUUGCCCCAGCAAGAAUUGCACGCCUAAAGAACAACCUACUACUACUAUACAGGUCAUUUACUCCUUUUAGACAUACACUACGCAUGCGCCCCAGUCACAUCACAUCACAUGGCGCAGCCCUCGCAAUACAGUAUACAUACAUCCAAGAAUCUAGACCCGAAGAAAAAGUAUCGACAAGUCCAGGAAAGCUAUAGUAGGAAAAGAUGGAGAAGAUUGCGGAUUUGGGGCUACGUUUUGGACAGGCCUUCAACCCUGGCGAGAGUUGCACUCGGCGGUCGCCACAACAAUAGAUGUCGAUUUUUUUUCAACCGGCAAGCCUGAUCCUAAUCCACGAACACGAGUUCUACCACAUCAAGUUCUUGAUUUAUCCUUUUGGCCCUUGGCUAGGCAGGCCUACUAUUGCACAUCACAAUACGAAGUAGGCAGGGCCUUGUUGGUGGUGAGACCGGGCUUGACCAUUUUCCGGUCUUGAAGGUUUGAGUCUAAAAUGUAGUCGGGAACAUGCAUGUCUGGUUGAGUUCGCCUUGGGUAUCGUUCAUUUUGGGAAGAUUCACGGGCAUAUGAUCCGAAGACGUGGAACGAUACAAAAAGUUCUUUGACAUAAAAGUUCAAAAGCGAGAUUCAAGAAAGUUGAUGGAUUUAAUGUGUAUUAGUGCUUUGCCGUGGACUGUAUCUUUGGUGAUCGAUCGACUACCGGCGCCUUGCACAAAAGCCCCAGUAGAUCAAGUACUGUCCGGACCAAGUCAGUCCCCUUUACAAAGCUGAGAAUACAAUACAAGGCCCGAUGAGCAGAUGCCGUCUGUCUCCGGAAUGCUCCAUGUACCCCCAGCCAGCUGACCAUGGCAAACCCUUGGUAGUUGAGUUACCUAGUAUUCCAGAUUGAACGCCGUUCUUGUAAUCAGCCAAAAGCAUGGCCUACUAGUUUCAGAUAGUGUGA